GAUACACUCAACUGAUGCCUCCGGUUUGCGGACACACAAGUUGGAAAGACCCUUACGAAUACGUAUACACUAGGUAUCGACUCAGGGUCCCGGUUUAGAUCAGUGACGAUCUCACCCCGGCCUAUACUGGUUCGGGCGGCGCCUUGUGCCUAUCAUUGCCGUUGACGGAUAUCCCCAUCAACCUGGCAAACCUAAAGCACCGGUACCGAGCCUCAUCGCAACACUUUCCACCCAGUGGAUACUACUCUGAUCAUGGAGUACUACUCUCCAGUAACUCCGAAACAUCCAACAAUCAGUAAUAAGACCUCGAUAGCGGAGUUCGUGAGAGUUUGACCUUUUUCAUGCUUGAUGUGGCUGAGAAACUAUCAACUUCUACUGCUACAUUCCGUUGCGUUCUCACCUCUGCCUGCAGAAUUCUUGGCUCCUCCCGACUUCAACUCUCGAAAAACUUCACCAUCGCCGUCCUGUUUGCGUGGAGGCUGGGGCCAGUCGGCGUACGUGUGGUCCUGGCAACAUUAUCACAGUCACUUGAUCGUGCAUACGCGAUGUUGGCACUUCUCAAAACCCCCUCACGAGUCCUCAACAGUUCGGCAUUGUCGGCGUGGCUCCGAUGACGGAAGGGGAUGAUGAUGAUGAUGAUGAUGAAGGAAAAGAGUCAGAAUCGAAGAUUCACUUGGCGUUGUCUGCAUCACUAGGAAAAAUCUAUAAGUACGACAAGGCUCUUCGAGGGUACGGCGAUAUUCUCAUCAGCAUCAUCAUCAGCUUCUUCCUUCAUCCAGCCUCUCACCACCAAAGCCAGACCCUGAAGACAUCUCCAGCAGCCUUUGCGACCAUAUCACACCCGAAAUCCCCAAAAGCCUCUUCUCAAAAUGCUCUUCUCCACAGCCCUCCUCUCUCUCUGCGCCUUUGCCGCGGCCGCUCCCCUCACGCCUUCUGCCGUGAAGACAGCCGUGAGCCCUGACGGCUACACCUACAUUGUCGAAUCUGAGGCCUACGUCGCGGACACUUUCACCAAUAGCGACGGACGGAACGUCACCGUUCUCGUCCACCCUGCCCUCAAGCGCUCCAUCGACAUGGACGCCUCCGGGCAGUCCCUCAACCCCGGCACCCUCACCAAGCGUCUUGACUGGAACGACGGCGCUCAGUACGCCGACUCCUGUGGCGCCUCGUCCUACAUCAGAAAGACGUCGGGUAACUCACCCCUCGUCUCCGACUGCGCCUCCAUUCGCGACUACUAUGCGGGGCACCAGGGCCGCUAUGUCGCGUACUGGACCGACCGGGCGUUCAACAGUGGCUAUUGCCGUCUGGUCAUUACGAACACUUGUGUGUUUGGUGUCAAGAGCAGCAGCGUUUAUCCUGUCCAUGUCGGGAGCAGAGACAUUUCUGAUCUUACGAGGGGCUCGAUCGACAAAUUCCAGAGCAACAGGCGGGUGGGUGCUGAGGGACACAUGAACUGCAAUGGUGACCAGCCUACUAGCGUGGACUGGGCUAUUUUCGCCAACUAAGUUUGGGGGGUAAGUGAUGCAGGAGAUUCGGGUGGAUUUUCACUCGCAAGGUAGACGGAUUGAAGGCAUAGACCCGGCUUGAGUCGGGGAUGUUGGAGGGGGAAAAUGAACAUGGGGUGUGCCACUGGACUUGUGCCGUUCAACACGCGUGCAGACAGGGUUGGAAUCAUGUCAUGGGAUGAGUCACGAGGCGAAGGUUGAGAGUGUGACCUAGCAUUGGCCAAGCUACGUCGACACUGAGUUUUUCUUCACACCUGUAUGUGAUGGGAUGAACCGGUUGUGGCAUCCCACACUUGAUGGUUUCACGAGUUUUACGAGGACGGGCAGGGAUGGAUCUGGACACACUCUUUAGAACAUUAUACCCUUCAGUUUGAGAGCCGCCAAUAGGGCGAAGAUUUAUGCAAAACGUUUUUGCC